ACGCUUAAUACGUUAAUAAUAAGUAUUAUAAAGAUUAGUUUCGGCCUAAGUAAGGAAAUCGUCGCCCUAGGUAUAAUAAAAAUAAAAACGUAUUUUAAAACGAUAACUUUUUAUAUUUUACUUAUUAAUACCCCAUUUCUCUUAUAUUUAAAAAAUAUAGAUUAA